AAAAAAUAAGUCACAUACUGGUAAAAUCCCCAGUUAUUCAACUGAAAACAAGAGAAAAAUCAACUUGAUAAUUGCCACUAAUAUAUUUUUCCCAGUAGAAAUUUGAAGAAGAAGGUGAAAAAAUGAUAAUGGGAUCUUUGCAAAAGAGUUUCUUCUCAAACCCACUACUAAUUCAAACCCAGAAUCAUAAACCCAGAACCCCAAUUUCAUUUUUCAUUGUUUCCUGCAAAUACCCACCAAAUGAUCACCACAAUCAAACUGAUUCUUCAAGGAAAAUAGAGAAGCAGUUGGCAAAGCUAGCAAUAGUAACAUUGGCAGCAGGACUAUUGACUGUUGGAUCAGUUGGUGAUGCUUUUGCUGCCAAGUCUGGUGGUCGUGUUGGUGGUCAGGCUUUCCGUUCUUCGGCUCCUCGUGCUUCUUCUCCUAGAGUUAAUUCUAGGACCAACAUCUAUGUGAAUCCACCUGUAGCUCCACCACUUGUUGGUGGCUAUGGAUUUGGCCCUGGUAUCCCAUACUAUGGUGGAUGGGGUUGGUCGCCAUUUUCAUUUUUUGCCCCAGGCCCCAGUGUAGUGGUUGGCAUUGGUGGUGGAUUUGACCUGCUUGUCUUGUUCAUGGUUUUUGGAGCGGUUUCAGCUGUUGUUAGGAGGUUACUUAGACCUAGGGAAGAAGAGGAUGAUUAUUAGAGCAGAAGAUAGCCAACCGAAGGACUCCAUGAAGUUGAUGAUGUAUAAUUGUAUAUGACUGAUGUUUUGCUACUCAGAUUACAUAUGUAGGUGUAAUUAUUCCUGAAAUUCGAGUAUUAUCCAGAUAUUAUAAAAUACACGUAUUGUUUUGCCUCCA